AUGAUGCUGACAAUGGACGGUGACAUGUUGAUUUUCCUUUUAGCUCUGUGCUUCAUAUGUGUGUCUUCGGAUGAUGACUGCUUUGAGAAUCCUGAAUCUUGUAAGACUCAGAAGCUCAGCGCUCCACUUGGGUCCUCUGUGCUCCUCCAUUGUGACUUUACAACACAUAACUUCAGCUGGGUGUCAUGGAUCCACAGUGAAAGUCACCUGGUCCGCCUCAAAUCUGACGGGAUUAUUAAAUUCAUAGACCCCAGACAUGGCCGUGUGAAAGCCUUUCCAAACCAUGCCUCAAAGGGGAACUACUCCAUCAGCAUCGAUGAGCUAAAAGACACUGACCUGGGAUGUUAUCGCUGUGUGCACCAUAAUGACUGUCUUCAAGUAGAAUUGAUUGAGAGAGCUUUACAGAGCGAGUUGCUGCCACUGGUUUACACCUGUGUUGGCGUAGCUGCCUUAAUCCUGCUGACUGCUGGUGGCUACUUCUGCAUAAAAUGCAUAUUGUGCUGCAUUCACAGACCACAGGACAACACGAUCAAUAUUGUAAAUGUAGGAAAUGACGGUGCCAGUGCUCCACCUGUGGACACAGUAAAUGUGCAGCAGAGAGGAGAAGAUAAUCUUGUUUAUGAAAAUGAUGACCAAGGCUCAGUCAACCAGCAGGGCACCAGAAAUCAGUGCAGUCUGCCAGGAGUUCUGCCUGAACAAAGCACAAGUGGGAUUUAUCCAAACUUGAACCAGUUUAAUGUUGAGAGGGUGGAAAGUCAGAGAAGAAGACUGCGAUUGCAUACAGAACUCUUUAGCAGAUUACGGCAAGCAAGUCUCAGUCGUCAUUACUACGUGAACCGAGAUGAACUCAGCAAGCAACAAGCCAUGCCAGCUCCGGCAGGGAAUCAGCGCAGAGGUUUAGGGAAGAAGAAAGUCAACGAAAAUUGUGAAUACAAAAACCCGAUUUACAACAGGAGCACAGAUGAGCUCAACCGCCUGUAAACAACCAAGGACACAGUUUAUAUAAUAUUUGAGAUAUUGGUUAAACUUACUUACUUAUACAUUGUAUUUCACUGCCUGCACAUCUAUUAGACAGUGUUUGCUGUUUGGUAGAGUUCAAAUAAAGAUUUUGUUUUGUGA